CGAAGACAUUAUUAGAUCACCAAUUCCUACUCGAGCACGACCUCUCUCUCUCUCUCUCCCUCUCGCUGUGUGUGUGUGUCUGUGUGUUUAGGGUUUCGUUCUGUGCUUGUUCACUCUCAAAUCGAAGAAAAUCACGUCAAGGAAUUCGGUAUCGAGAAGGAAGUAUGUCAGAAUAUGAAAAUGUUGUUGGUGGGAGGCUGAAGCUGAAGGGAAAAGCCCUGGAUGUUAAAGCUGGUGGCGUCAAGAAGAAGAAGAAGCAGAAGAAGAAUUAUGAUGAAAUAACUGAAGUCAAAGGGAAUGAGCUUUCAACAGGUGGAAGUACAGGAAUGUCCGACACUAGUGAGGCCUUAAAUGAGGCCAACCAAUCGGGCGGGGAUGGAAAUGCUACUGCUCACAAUGAUCAUCUAACACCUGCUGAGAGGCGGUAUCUUGAGCAGAAGGAGCAAAUUGAACUCCAAAGGCUGGCCAAGACUUCCAAUAAAUCACACCGUGAUCGCAUUCAGGAUUUCAACCAGUAUCUGGCAAAUAUGAGUGAGCACUAUGACAUUCCUAAAGUUGGCCCAGGCUGACUUGGCAAACUCAUGAAUGCAAGAACUGCCCAGGACUCACACAAGUGUGUAAUUUUAAUGGUCCUCUGUAUUUUUCUUGUGCGGGACUUGCCUCUCUUUCAGCUUUGUCUGUACUGUGCAUAUUUUUCAAUUAUCCAAUUUAACAAGAUUGUAUUGAUUUCUGCUGGUCUGAACUUUUAAAAGAAUCUCUGUGCAUUCUGAGAUCUAGAACUGCUGGUUGAUAGAAAUCUACGUUGGCAACUUUUUCACCCUUUC